AUGCCACCCACCAAACGCGCCCCUGAUGACUGGGAGGAUGUAGCAGGCAUGUCUACUCCAAAGCUGCAAUGUUCAGGGUCUGGAAACCAGUCUAGUGUAGGGCAAGUGCGAGAUUCACAUACAAAUGAAGCUAACGGACGAAAGAAAUAUUCGCGUGAUAUUCUGCUAAAUUUUGCACAUCAGUGUUCUGGUCUUCCUCGUGGUAUCCGGAUGGAUACUGUAACUAGUGCUGUGUUCAAGGGUGUGGCGGUAAAGUAUUAUAUUGAUCGCGAACCUAACCCAAGUCCUAGAAGAGGACCUGAUAGGCCAAGAUCUCGCGGUGGUCGCCAGUGUGCUGCUAUGGAUGAUGGUAAGUGGAGUACAAAACCAGGUGUUCCUUUCAGCCCUGGUUGUGAUACCCACAUAGACUUGACAAACAGCCCAUCAAGGAAUUACCGUGGCGCCUCAGGGGUCCCUCAUUGUGUUUUGAGGAAUCCACGUGGUGGGCUUCUUGUGGGACCAAUGCAAUCCAUGGCGGUUCAAGCACCUUGCAGUAGCUCUGAUGCAGAUAGAUGGGAGCAAAAGGGUCUGAUACUGUCUCCUGUUAUGCCCAUGCAAAUAAUGCACAAAGCACAGGAAAAGUAUGUUGUUGGCAAAGUUUCUGACGAGGAGCAGGCAAAGCAGAGGCAGCUGAAAGCAAUUCUUAAUAAACUGACCCCGCAAAACUUUGAUAAGCUGUUUGAACAAGUCAAAGAGGUGAAAAUUGACAAUGUGUCAACUCUUAGUGGGGUCAUUUCACAGAUAUUUGACAAAGCUUUGAUGGAACCAACUUACUGUGAAAUGUAUGCAAACUUGUGUUUCCUUUUGGCUGGUGCACUCCCAGACUUUAGUACGGACAAUGAAAAGGUUACAUUCAAGAGGUUGAUGUUGGACAAAUGUCAAGAUGAGUUUGAGAGGGGCGAACGAGAAGAAGCUGAUGCAGACAAACCAGAGGAGGAAGGUGAGGUUAAGCAAACCAAAGAAGAAAGGGAAGGAAAAAUAGUUAAAGCUCGUAGGCGUAUGCUGGGGAACAUUAGGUUGAUUGGAGAAUUGUACAAAAAGAGGAUGCUUACGGAGCAGAUCAUGCAUGACUGCAUUAAGAAAUUACUGGGUAGUUGCCAGAAUCCAAAUGAGGAGAAUAUUGAAGCACUAUGCAAAUUGAUGAGUACAAUCGGAGAGAUGAUAGAUCAUCCAAAGGCUAAGGAACAUAUGGAUGCAUAUUUUGAUAGGAUGCACAACUUGUCAACUAGUCAGCUGAUAUCUUCCCGUGUUAGAUUCCUAUUGAGAGAUUCAAUCGAUCUCAGGAAGAACCAAUGGCACCAACGGCGUAAAGUGGAAGGCCCCAAGAAGAUUGAUGAGGUUCACAUGGAUGCAGCUCAUGAAAGACAUGGUCAGUUGAGUAGUUUAGCUCGUGGUCCAGUUGUUAGUUCUUUUCCAAGAGGAAGGGUAACCUCUAUCGGUUAUGGCUCUGGUGGCUCAGCAGCACCAUUGGUAUCUCCAUGUCCGCAGCAACGAGGCCAUGGAUUCGUUAAUCAGGAUACCCAGUUUGAGCAGGGAAGACAUCAGUUAGACAAUAGAACAGUUCCCCUUCCCCAGGGGUCUGUCAAGAAGGAAGCUGUCACUCGUGGACCACGAGGUAACCUAGCUAGGGGUAUGUCUUUAAGAGGGCAGCCACCGGUAUCAAAUGCUAAACUUCCUAGUGUUGCUGACCAUCACACAAUUGUAUAUGGUACAGGGUAUAAUUACAUGGCUUCGAACGCAAGAGAGGACGCUAGGUCGAGAAUUCCAGAUGGAAGUUCUUGGAGGAAAGCACAUGCUACAGAAUCUGCUGGAUUUUUACACAAACCUGCCAGUCAGGAUGGCCGCUUAGGUGAUAAAUCAUACUCUGGCGAUGAUCUGAGAGGGAAACCUACUGCAGCCAUCUGGGAAAAUUAUAGGUAA